AUGUCUAAACUUCCUCCCCAAUUAUUACAAUGGCUAUAUAGAGUGAUCCAACCUCAGUACUCGCAUCCUGUACUGACCUAUCAGGAUGUUUCUUUGGUUCUUAUGUGCUAUCCAUCGUUCAGGGUCAAGACAGACGUACAUGUUAUUGAUUCAGGAAAACCUGAACUCAUGGUCAAGAUCUCAGGGCUCAGCGACGAAAAAGUCGAAUUUGACAUUUGGGUUCCUUUGGAGUACCCAAGAAUGCCUCCUUUGAUCUACGUUCUGCCUGGUCCCGAGACCCAAUUGAUGCCAAAUAACUACAUGGACACAAACGGCCGAUUUUACCAUCCGUUUUUAAGUGAUUGGCUUCAACUGUUCAGCCAGGACACCUCCAACGAUAACAUGGCCCCACAAAAUAAUAGACUGCUACGACUGGUUGAGAUAUUUCUAAGUUGCAUCAAGUCCCAUCCUCCUGUUUCAAGAUCAAAUAGUCCAGCGCUGCCCAAACUUCCGCCUAAGCCAAGUGCGCCACCUGUUCAGGACUCACCAAAACUUACACAGCACAAGAUUAGUUUGAUGACUUUGCCCUCAGAGAACCCUACGGAGACCACCAAGUCCAAGCCUCCACUUCUGCCUCCAAAUCCAAACAGAAACCAAGUGAUCAACAACCUGAAGAUCAUCUUGGAGGGCGAAAAGACCAAAAUGAUACAGACUUUUGACACAGACACAUUGGAAGGACUUAUAGGUCUUCAGAACCAGCUAAUCGGUCUUACAGAAAGAACGUUGAACGACCAGAACUACCUGUCAUACUUAUCAGAAACCAUUGCCAAGCAGGAUCGGAUUCUGGAAACCAAAAUCGGAGAGCUGACCGCACUCAACUCGAAGCUUGAACACGACCAUGACACAGUGAUUACGAAAAUCGAUACACAUUUGGUGGCUGAGACCCCUGUUUUCAACCAGCUUUAUAAACUAGUCACGAGAUCCAAAGCUCUAGAAGACCUGCUUUACAACCUGGAUAAGAUCCACGAAGCUGGAAAACUGGAUUUCGCCACUUAUCUAAAGACCGUCCGCCAGCUCGCGCGCGAGCAGUGCCUGCUCAAGCUCCAUAUCGAGAAACUGGCCAACAUCUGCAACCUCGAUCUUAGUUGA